GAUUUCGGCCGCGCGUGUGCGCUGACCGACAUUUUUGCAACCAAAAACCGCCGGGCGGCCACGACGAAGCCCGUAGUGUAGCAUGUCAUCAGCUUUCGGCAGGGUAUCUUUUGCCUCACUCAGGAAUAUCACCCUGCCGCCAGGUGUCCGAUCCGGAGAGGGAGGGAGAGCGCGCGGGGCUCGGCCGGUGCGCCACCCUGGGCGAGUAGUGAACACGUUAGCAUUUUUGUCACCCCCGGUCGGCGUGCCGUCGGCGUCCCACCAGUGGCCGAUGCGACCAAGUCCAGAGCGGAGUGAGUGUGUGAGUGAGUGGCGUGUGUGAUGAGUGACCGGCAGAGUGACGAGUGACACGCCCAAAGGGACUCUCAGUUUCACCCCCACUAACGCCGGCGUUCUCCCCCGGUAACGGGGAUCAUAGCUUUCAGCGAUGCGGCUUGUGCAGGUCGUGGCCUUGGGCCUGCUCCUCCUGGCCGCGGUCCGCGCCUCGGACACCGAGUCCCCGAGCCCGAGCGCCGCCUUCGCCGCCGACGACGACGCCCCGGUGGUGGCCAUGGUGGCCGACGACAUCGCGCGCUCGUGGUCCGACAUGGUGGACCAGUACCAGGGCGGUAAACAACAGCAGCUGCCCGACGGGUCGCUGCUGUUCCCCGCCGACCUCAUGCUCGUCAUGCAGCGCCACUCGGAGGACGACGUCGUGAACGCCCUGAGGCAGGCGCAGCGAAGGGACGAGGAGGCGAAGCAGCAGGCGGACGGCAAGGACGUCCUGGUGUUCCUCGAGAAAGAGCUGGAGUUCAUUGAGCCUGACGCAGCAGGCAGCAAGGAUUUCGGCGAUGCAGAUGCGUCUUUCCAGGAACCAGAGGGGAAGGGCGUCGUCGUGGUCCUCGAGAAGGACAACCUCCCCGAGUCCCGGCGCCAGGACGACCUCAGCAGCAUCCUCGCCCUGUUUGAGAGCAUGGGGCUGACGGGCUCUAGUGCGACAAGCACGACAAGCACUACUACCGCUGCACCACCACCAGAGCAGUCCCCUGACGCCGGCAACGCCGAGCUCCUGGACGUACUGAGGCUGAUAGACACGGGGGCCCUCGGAACCCUUGAGAGCAUGGGUCUGCAACAACACGUCCGCCGACACCCUCGCGACGUCCGACUAAUUACCUCUCCCGCCGCGGGCCCCGCUGCCCCCGCGCCCCGCGGGCGACAAGCUACCCCUGCGCUCCAGGCUGACUACGCGCCCCAGCCCCAUGCUGCCCCUGCGCACUACGGAGGACAAGCUGCCCCUGCGUCCCAGGCUG